AUGGGUAAGAGAGUGCUACUGUUCAACAUCUCGAGCGAGUUCCAGCUGAAGUCGCUGCUGGGCGAGGGAGCGUACGGGGUUGUCUGUUCUGCAGUCCACAAGCCAACGGGCGAGGUGGUCGCGAUCAAGAAAAUAGAGCCGUUCGACAAACCGCUGUUUGCGCUUCGAACGCUCAGAGAGAUAAAGAUCCUCAAACACUUCCAGCACGAGAACAUCAUCUCGAUAUUCGACAUACAGAGACCGGACUCGUUUGAAAACUUCAAUGAGGUGUACAUCAUCCAGGAGAUGAUGCAGACAGACCUGCAUCGCGUGAUCGCGACGCAGCAGCUCACAGACGACCACAUCCAGUACUUCAUAUACCAGACGCUGCGCGCGGUCAAGACGCUGCACGGCUCGAACGUGAUCCACAGAGAUCUCAAGCCGUCCAACCUGCUCAUCAACGCGAACUGCGAUCUCAAGAUAUGCGACUUCGGACUUGCGCGCAUCGCGAACGGGCGCGAGUCGGACCCGAACUGCGGGCUCACCGAGUACGUCGCGACGCGGUGGUACCGCGCGCCAGAAGUGAUGCUCACCGCGGCAAAGUACAGCAAAGCCAUGGACAUCUGGUCGUGCGGAUGCAUCCUCGCAGAGCUGUUCCUCAAGAGGCCGAUAUUCCCGGGAAAAGACUACAGGCACCAGCUGAUGCUGAUCUUCGGGGUGCUCGGCACGCCGCGCGGCAGAGACCUGCUGUCCGUGCAGUCGAAGCGGGCGCGCGAGUACAUCAACACGCUGCCCCGCUACGACAGGAUCCCGCUGAAAAAGCUGUUUCCGAACGUGAACCCGCUCGGCCUGGAUCUGCUGCACCGGAUGCUGCUGUUCGAUCCGCGCGAGCGGAUCACCGCGCGCGACGCGCUCGCGCAUCCGUACCUGCGCACGUACCACGACGCGGCAGACGAGCCCGAGGGCGAGGUCAUCCCGCCCAGUUUCUUCGACUUUGACCAGCAGAAGGACGUGCUCACCACCAAGGACGUGCUCACCACCAAGGACCUCAAGAAGCUGCUCUGGAACGAGAUCUUUAUGUAG